CAUACACAGGUUACAGGUCACAGUUAUUGUUGUUUAUGUUUUUAAUAUUAAGCAUUUAAUUUGUAACAUACAGUCGCUCCACGUUCUAACUCCGAAGAGAGAUCUAAUUUACUUGAACUUACACAUUUAUUUAAAAUGUAAAGCAACUUGUGCGUGACGACGCAGAUAAGAUGGCGGCCUCCUCACUCUCAGCGGAGUUGAAAUGCCGAGACGGACGCGCUGACAAAGUUGAGAAAAUAAACGUCCCAGUGGAGAACACGCUGACGUCUCUAAUGGCAGGACUUCGCAAAGUCGCUCAGAGCGUCUCGCCCCUUCUCAACGAGCUCGUGGAGAAGGAAAAAUUCGCCGCAGGAGACGUCACACUUGGGUAGCCUUCAUUCUGCUCAUUCGUUAGCCACCUGCUGGACAGUUUAGCAACAACAAGAGGCUCCAAAUAAUUGUGGAUUCGGGGAACAAUGUUGGACGUAUUCAGUGAUGCCGAAAAUGCAAAAGUUAACCUGCAAAUAAUGAUGAUUCUAGACGCUAAAUUGCCCGUUGGUGUGAACGGUUGCUUGUUUCUAUGUGCCCAGCGAUUGGCAGGCGACCAGUUCAGGUUGUAUGUACCCCGCCUCUCAGAUGGGUUCGGCGCCAGUUCACCCAUCAGGAGCAGCCGCUCAGAAAAUGCUUGGAUGGAUGCAUGGAUAAUAAUCAUCAUUCGCCAAUGAAUCGACAACCGUUUUGAUAAUCCAUUCAUUGUUUUUCAUCAAUUCUCAGAAUUUCAGCCAUUUCUCAGCCGAUUUACGUAGUCCUCACCAAAGCAGACUGAUUAUUUUUCCCCCUUCAAAAUAAUACAUUUGCAAACAUCUGCUUUUACUUUAGAAAACAAUCAACAACAUUUUUGCCAAUUUUCUGACAAACAAAAAACAAGCCAGGAACUGAAUGAUAAAGGAUUUAUGCGUGUGCAUUUUAUGCACCGUUAGUCUGAAAGAAUGGCCCGUUUUCUAAAAAAGGAAGUCAUUUUUAAAAUUGGAAUAAUUAAAAAAACAUUGACAGAUUAAUCCAUCCAUCCAUUUUCUGUCACGCUUCUCCUCACGCGGGUCGCGGGCGUGCCGGAGCCCAUCCCAGCUGUCAUCGGGCAGGAGGCGGGGUACGCCCCGAACCGCUGGCCAGCCAAUCGCAGGGCACAUACAAACAAACAACCAUUCACACUCACAUUCACACCUACGGACAAUUUUAGAGUCCAGAUGAAUCCGUUAUUCAAAAUAAUCUUUAGUUGCUGCCCCAAUGAUAAUGGUACAGUCGGCCAACAUAACCCCGUUGACUCGAGCGUGACAAGUCGUUCCUGUGCUGCAGACGACGAAGAUGACGAAGAGGACAGCGACGGCGAGGCCGAAAAACCGCCCGGGUGGGAUCGUCUUCAGCCGCCUGCUAAAAGAUCCAAAACGUGAAAGUCCAGCCGAGGACCACUCGUCUUCCUCUUUUGUGCGUUCAUUUGUCCACGUGUGAAAAGGUAGCUCGUUUCGGUUUUUUAAAAUCUCAUUGAGCCACGUGUCAAUUUCUUAUUGGGGAUGACGUUGCUAUUGUAACAUUCAACACGGAAGACCAUCAAAUGAAAUCACAGCGUUAUGUAACCAUGGUGACAUACCGAAGUACUUUGAUUUUCAAGUGUCUAUCAAUAUCAAUUAGAAUAUGGUGGAAAAUGUCAUUUAUAUCAGUAUUUGUACAGAUUCAGUAUAAGCACAAAAGAAAAUCAAUUUCAGGUCAAUUCCUGCCUAAUUUCUCUAUUAAAAAUCAUUUUGAUGGCAUCUUGUUAUGCAAUUUAAUUUUAAUUUCUUGAAGGUUAUUUUUAGAUUGGAGCCUGGAUUGAGCUCUACGGUGGCAUCGCGAGAAAUGAGAUCUCGCGAGAGGAAUCUCCGCGCGGGAGGCUCCGGUUCGAUUCCCGGCCAAUGCAACAAGCCCCCAGCCCACUUAUUCUUUGGCAUUCUUUGUCAACUGGAUUUGUUUAUUAUUCUAAUCAUCAAACUGUGAAUAUUUCUGCGGCGCGUAGUGGAACGCGAGACGAACCGGUGACGUCACAGAAGCAGCAGCCAGCAAUGGCAAUAAAGAUUUUGCGAGGGGGCGGAAGCAGCCAGCAAUGGCCGUCGUUCCAGUUCGGCGUCCUCCCUCCUCGCCCCGCUCACACGACGGAGCAGGGCACUGUCGAAUUUGGAAUGCGGACGAGUGAACACGGCGACGCGACGCGACGCGACGCGGCUAGCACGUUAGCUUAGCCAAAAGUUUGAGCCUUCUUCUUUCUCAUUUGUUUUCGCGAGCUUCUUCCCCCGGCGCCACUCUUGAGACGACGCCUCGGGGCCCAAUUAGUAAUGCGCCCUUUGUCGUGAGACGGCGACAAUCGGCGAGGGAUUGAGGAGGACACGUAACGUCCCCUUCUCAAGCCACCGACGACAGCGUCGCUUUGGUGAACCGGAACCGACAUGGAGUCCAAAUGGGACGCGUCCGAGGACGACUGGGACGACGAUCGGAGCCGGCGGUCGAUCGGGAGCGCGAAGAGUCGAGCGUCCUCCGCCAAAAAGCCGAAGCGCUACAAGAACCUCCGGGACAGGAUCCAGGUUCCGGAAAAAGACGUCUCCAAAAGCCAAGACUACGCCACGGAUCCGGACCGGGACCGGGACCGGGACCGGGCGUCGGACGGCGAGGGGCGACGGAGCAAGGGCACGUGUUAUUCGGACGACUACGACAACGACGACGACGACGACGACGACGAGUCGGAGCGCUCGCUGUCGCCGUACGUGCGGGAUCGCGCUCCGUCGCCGCCUGCGCGUGCCAGCCGCUUUUCCAGCGCUUCGCCCUACAACACGGGUUUGGAGAAGCGGGUUCGGGCCCGGCCGCCGCCGCCGCCGCGUCCGGGCCGCGGCCGAGCGGCGCGCUCGCGCAGCAAGGACUCCCUCCCCCCCAAAGACCUGGACCCCCUGACCAGGCAAAUGCUGUCGGGCCGUCUGCUGAAGAUCAACGAGCUGCGCAACGUUCACGCCGAGCUGCAGCUACGCAUCGUGGAGCUGCAGAAAGAGAACCGCAUUCUCAAGCAGCUUCAGACGCGCCAGGAGAAGGCCCUGCAGAACUAUACGGACGCCGAGAGCAAAAUCUCGCAGAUGCUGUCGUGCCACGCCAACGAGACGCACGUCCUGCGCGAGCGUCUGCGGCGCGCCCGCGAACGGGAGCGCGCCGCCGAGCGCCGCCUGAAGGAGAAGGACGAGCAGCUGCUGAGGAGCCACGACGCCGCCGGCCGCAUGAAGAAGCUGCUGGAGCGGCGGCAGCUGGGGGAGCGCCAGGAGCUCAGCUGCCAGCUGGACCAGGAGACGGCGCGCACGCACGAGGCCCAGCUCAAAAUCAAGGAGCUGGAAAGGAACUUGGAGCUGAGCAACGGCGGCCACCAGCGGCAACUGGCCGCCGAGAGGAAGAAGACGCUCGGCGCGCAGGAAGACAUCAAGAGUCUGCAGAAGGAGCUGGAGCAACUGGCCAAUAAACUCCGGGAAAAAGAGCGGGAAUUGGAAACCAGGAACAUUUACGCCCACCGCAUGGGAAAAGUCUCACCGAGGAAAGUGACCGACGGCGACACGAAAUCCAGACUCUUCAGCAGGACACACAGCAAAGCGGUGCAGACGCACGGGCGCGGCGGCAGCCCCGAUUUCCCCUCGCCUCCUCCCGCCUUGGCGGAGUACAGCGAUUCGGCCCCCGACGGAUACCUGUCGCUCAAGCAGCAAGUGGACGAGGUGGACGGCGGACCGAGACCAAAGCGGGAACAGCAGGAGACGACGAGCGGAGACGCAACGGGAAGCUCCGGCGAAGGGAAGCGGACGGACGAGGAACGUCAACGACGCACCCGCCGUGUUCUCGAAGCCGAGGCCGACGUAUUCGGAGACGACUUGCGGAAAGAGGAGCAGGAGCACGACACGGGCAGCUUGUUGACCAAUCAAACAGGCGAGAGCGUCCCCGUCCUCGAGGAAGCGGACCGGCGGCGGAACUGCAGCGAGGCGCGUCGCAGGAAAGACCAGCUGCUGGCCAAGAUGCGCGAAAUCGACCUUCAGAACGAGGACUCACAGGACCCCGUCUUCGUUGACUCGUCCGAGUCCAACGCGCCCGAGACGCCGUCGCCGGGCGGGCCGGGUCGGCGAAGCCUGCGCUCCCUCAAGGUCGAAGACGACCCGGUCUUCGGAAGCUACGUGUCCUCGUUCGGGAACCCCCGGCAAAGCGCGGCCGGGGAGGACGGCGACCGCGCGCUGGAGGCCAUCGGCGUCUUUAGCCUCAAGAGGGCGGAGGCGGAGGAAAAGAACAAGAAGUCCACGCUAAUGCGCCAGCUGUUCGGUUCUCUGGCGGCGGCGUCGGGCGACGCUCGCAAAACGGAGCCGGACUACUCGACGGGCGGCAACGAAGCGCGGGGAGGAUCGCGAGCGGCGGGGCGCCUCGGCGCUCGGCACGUGGCGGACAGCCGGCCCGCCGUCCGCGCCGUCGCCUCCUUCGACGACGACAUCGAGGAGCUCACCUUGUAGCGCAGGUUACGCCGUUCGCCCGCGGAUCGUUCAGCUCCAUAUCGACUGUGUGUUUUUUACCUUCAAGGUUUUUGUUUACUUUUUUGUGGCAGUUGCAAACUAAGGGAUGGAAAAGCUCCACGGGAAGUUACGUAGGGAAAGUUUGCAAAGGUAUCCUACUCAAGCAUAAAUAGAAACAUUUUGUUUUGUCAUAAACACACGAGCGGCACGGUGGGCGACUGGUUAGCACAUCUGCCUCGCAGUUCUGAGGACCCGGGUUCAAAUCCAGCCUGCCUGCAAGGUGUUUGCACGUUCUCCCCGUGGUUUCCUCCCACCUUCCAAAAAACACGCAUGCUAGGUUCGCCGAAGGCUCUAAAUUGCCCGUCGGUGCGAAUGGUUGUUUGUUGAUAUGUGCCCUGCGAUUGGCUGGCGACUAGUUCAGGGCGCGCCCCGCCUCUCGCCCGGAGUCAGCACACAUGCGACCCGCGUGAGGAGAAGCGGUUCAGAAAAUGGAUGGAUCGAUAACGCACAAUCAGGCAAAUGUCAUGAUUAUUACUUCAAUUUUCUAACCCAAUGUCUUGAGUGUUUUGCUAGUGCUAGUCGCACUUUAAUUUAUUGCACUUGGUACACUAAACAAAGUGUUUUUUGUAUUUAUUUGUGACAUUUAAUAUUUUUAGUGUCUGAUUAAAUGUGCACUCUUUGAAAAA